GACCAUGCAAGCGUGUGUGAGAGAGUGGGAGCGAGCGUCUGUGUCUGUGUGUUGUGUGCGCGUGUAUAUGUGUCGGGCAGCCAACACACUCUUAACAUUCGCUCACAACAUGGCGAUGAAGCGCCGACCCACCGCACGACGCCUCUCUCCACUGUCGCUACAUUGUUGUACCUAGAGAAAACGGGUGCACGUCUGACACCUUUACAUGACAUUACAGCCGGUGCAAUAAUUGAAGGACGUUUAUCCGGAUUCCAUUAUAUGCCCCUGCAUGUAGCUAGCGGUAUAGCUGGCUCCUGAAACCCCCACGCAACGCGCUGUUGGAAAUCAAAGGCUUUACAUGGCGGUGGCGGAUCUCUGGCUUUUCUGUCUACUUUCACUGGGGUUCUGCGCUAUGUCUGUCCAAGAGAAACCUUUGUGGGUGGAGCUGAGUUGUGGGGCGGGGCCAGUGCAUGCAGUACUGGAGCCUGGUUGGCCGCUGCUGCUCCAGUGUCAUCUGGGUGUGUCGCCGGACGAGGAGGGGUCAGAGGUCACCUGGCUGCGGAACGGCGUUGUGGUGCAGGAGAGCCCCGCCCUGCGCCUGCUGUCCAACGGCUCUCUGCUGGUGGCGCCACCGCCCAGGGAGUCCAGAGCGCCCCCUGUAGGCCUGGAGGGUGGAUACAGCUGUCAGAGAGAAGACGCGUUUGGAGCCUUGACCAGCCGUGUGGUCAACCUGUCAUUGGCCAGUCUGUCCCGUAUGCUCAGAGACCCAGAGGCCCAGGUGGUGCCUGCAGGCGGAGCGGCCCGGUUUGAGUGCCAGGUAGAGGGUCUGCCCACGCCCACCAUCACCUGGGAGAAGGACCAAGUGCCCCUGGAGCCCAGUGCCAGGUUCAUCUCUCUGCCCAGUGGGGUGCUUCAGAUCCGGGGCGUGACGGACGAGGACGCAGGCUCCUACCGCUGCAUUGCUUCCAAUGCCGCACGCAAGAGACACAGCCAGGAGAGCACGCUCACUGUCACUCCAGGUCAGUCUUCGCUCCCCACUAAAGUGGAGUUUGUGGCGCGACCCCAGAACUCUACGGUGAUUUUGGGGCGCCCGGCAGUCAUGGAGUGCUUGGCCCAGGGCCACCCCAAACCUCUGGUGUCCUGGAGCCGGCUUGAUGGGAAACCCAUCGCUACGGAUGUGGUCGUCCUGGAAACCAACCUGGUAAUCCCGGAUACUCGUCGGCAUCACGCCGGGGUGUACGUGUGCCGUGCCAACAAGCCCAUGACCCGCGAGUUUGUCAGCACUCCUGCUGAGCUCCGCGUGCUAUCCCCUCCAGUGAUCCUCCUGCCCCCGGAGACCGUCUCCCUCUCGCGGGGCAAUACGGCGCGCUUCGUGUGCAAUAGCUCCGGGGAGCCGCCUCCGGCCCUGCUGUGGCUGCGGAACGGCCGGCCCGUGCAGCCCAACGGGCGGGUGAAGAUCCAGAGCCACGGCGUGCUGCUCAUCAACCAGCUGAGCCUCGACGACGCCGGCUACUACCAGUGCCUGGCCUCCAACAGCCUGGGCAUGGCCUGUGCCACCGCCAAGCUGUCCGUCAUCGUCAGGGAGGGGCUGCCCAGCGCGCCGCGCCAGCUUCAGGCCGCGCCCCUCUCCAGCACCACCGCCCUCCUCACGUGGGACCGGCCCGAGCUCAACAGCGACCAGAUCAUCGGCUUCUCCGUGCACUACCAGAAGGCCUCAGGCUCAGACAACGUUGAGUACCAGUAUGCGGUGAACAACGACACGAUGGAGUAUCAGCUGAAGGAGCUGCAGCCGCACACGACCUACACCUUGUACGUGGUGGCCUACUCGCUCCGCGGAGCCAGCCGCCCAUCACAGCCCGUUACCAUGGAGAUGCUGGAGGAUGUGCCCAGUGCCCCCACUCAGCUGUCCCUGUUGAGCCCCUCCCCCACUGAGAUCCGUGUCAUGUGGCUGCCCCUGUCAACCCUGCAGAGUCGCGGCACCAUCACACACUACCGCAUAGACUACAGCCCACUGGGCCAAGGGGAGCGUGUAUUCUCUACAGAGGUGGGUGGAAACGAGACACAGGUGACGUUGCGUGGACUCUCGCCCAAUCAGAUGUACCGUGUCAGAAUGACAGCUGGGACCCGCGCUGGGUUCGGACCGGUGUCAGAGUGGCAUACGCAUCACACACCCGACCUGCUCAACCUCACAAUGGUGCUCUUUGCUCCCACCGAGCUCAAAGUCAGAGCCAAGAUGCACUCCCUCCACGUCUCCUGGCAACCGCCGCCCAAUCACACGCAGAUCUCUGGCUACAAACUGGCCUAUCAGAUGCUGGACUCUGAAGAUGGGGAGGGGUCUGAGAAGAAGAGGGCGGAGGUGCAGCCAAUCAAGCUGCGCAAAAGAGUCAAACACCAUGACAUCACCGACCUGGUCCCUGGGCGUGUGUAUCAGGUGAAGGUGUGGGCGUAUAACAAACAGACUGAAGGCUACCCGGCUGUAUGGAAGGGCCGCACAGAGAAAUCCCCAAGCCCACCUAAGGGGCCUGAUGACCCCAGCCCACCAGUGCCCCCUAGUGGUAUUAGGGCGACAGCGAACAGCUCUCGUUCCAUCUGGCUGCGCUGGGAGCGUCCGCGUUUCAGCAGCGUCCGCAUCAUCAACUACACCGUCCGCUGCAGCCCCGCAGGCCUACGCAACGCCUCACUGGUGUCCUACUACACCAGCUCUACCCAGGAUAUCCUCUUGGGGGCGCUCAAGCCCUUCACUCGGUAUGAGAUGGCUGUUCAGUCCAACGCUGUAAACGUGGUUGGACCGUUCAGUUCCACGGUGGAGGAGUCAACGCUGGUCGACCGGCCCUCCACUCCCCCAGCUGACCUGCAGCUGAGUGCUCUGGACUCAUCCUCAGUGCUGGUGAGUUGGCGCCCCCCGCUGGAGCCUAACGGGAUUAUCAUCAGCUACAGGAUCCUUUUCAGCUGCAACGUCAGCCAGCCAGAACACCUGUGGACCAACAGCACACACAACGGGAGUAUAUCCAGUGCGGAGCUGCAGGGUUUACAGAGUGGGACUCGUUACUUCUUUAAAAUGGGGGCGUGCACAGAGAUGGGGGUGGGGCCUUUCUCGAAUGUGAAGGACGUGCACACACCCUCGAACGGAUAUGAGUUGGACAUCCAUGCCGUAACGGGUAUUAUCGUGGGUGUGUGUCUGGGUCUGCUCUGCAUCCUUCUAUGUAUGUGUGUGAGCUUCCGUAACGGCAAGACAAGGGACAUGGUGGGGGGCGUAGACAGCGGUUCUCUCUCACCUCACUUUCGACGCGGGGCGACGCGGCCCACACCCCCCUCCCUGCCUGACUGCAGCGACUGCCAUGAGCUGGAGACCCUCAUGCCCCCCCGGACCCUCCACCCCCCCCAGCCCGUGACCAAGCCCUCAGAGGAGCAGAGCCUCAUGGGUAACGCCACUGUAGCUGAAGACCCGUCAACGGCAGAGUUAAAGUUGACGUGGAAUGGCUCGGUAAGCUGUAACUGGGCCAACCGGAUCUCCAGGUACCGGGACACCAUCACAGAGGACUCCCCAACACUACGGAACGGAGCUGUGGACAACGCAGUCAAAGAGAAGGUGGAGUGCGAUGCCCAGCUGUACUCUCCCGUCUCCAGUAACCAGGUGGAGGCCGAGGUCAUCGUCCACUCUGAGUUGUCCGAUCCCCCCAGCAGUGAGGGCGGAGGCUCCUCGCCGGCCUCUGCAGGGUCCCAAAGCCCCCCCACAUCACAGGCACCUCUACCAUCCCCUCUCAACCCUUCUCACCCGGUCACACGCUCACUACACCCCGCCCACGGCCCACCCCUGUUGUCCAAUCACAACGGGCCGGUGACAUCAGCAUCGCCGGCAGCAAUGGAGGACGGACUUGUCCAACUGUCUUCGCCCGCGGGGGUAUCGGUCCCGCUCACCAACGGCUUUCACUCGCCCAAACCCCCCCGGGUGUCCGCCGCCGCCGAUCCCCUGGACUCGGGGAGCGACUCUAGACUCUGCGCCCCAACCUCGGGGAAGAGCCACGGGGGGGGCCUGGACCCCCCCUCCCUGACCCCCUCCAGUUUUGCCAGCUCUGGCCUGGUGCACACUACCUCAGGGGAUCACUCCUUCCUGUGCCCCUAAAACAGGGCACCCUCGUGGGGCACCCCGAAAAGUAUCACCCCCCUCCCCCCAUCCACCCACAAUUCUGUGGGAUUGGGACGGGGGGAGUUGGAGAGACAGAAGGAAGAGAGACAGAUUGGAAAGAGACACCUGGGGAUGGGGGUGGGGGUGAGGGGGGCACCUUUGUCCUCCCUCCCCUCUACAACUUUUAUUUUCUUUCUUGUUUUAAUUUUGUAUUCAUCCAGGAUGAAAAGAACACUACUACACGGUCCUCUGAAGAAGUCAUGUCUCAGUGGACCUUUUACAUGUUUUUUCUGUGUGUGUGUGUGUGUGUGUGUGUGUGUGUGUGUGUGUGUGUGUGUGUGCGCAUGUGUGCGUGUGUGUGUGUGCACGUACAGAGAAAGUUUUUCUUUUCAUUGCUAGUACCUGGGAGGUGUGUUUUUGACACAUAUUUGUGUGAUCUGAGUGUGUGUGAAAGUGAGGUUUUUCAGUGUGUGUGUGAGUUCAUAUAAUGCAGAACACUCUGAGACACACACACACAAACACAGAAGACUAUUUCAAACAGACCUGAAUGUUGCAUGACUGGAUUGAGACCCUCCUCGCGUGAACCCCUGUUUACAAAGGUCGGAGGUCAAGCAGAUCAACACACACUUGUGGAUCGGGGUAGCGGGUGAAGAACAGAAUGGAAUCCUGCCAGGUUGCUCCCCUCCCCUACUCUCACCCCCUCCCCUUCCCCUCCCUCUCACACACCUGUUCUCCAUCUCUGUCUCUCAUCCAGCUACCCUCCAUUUAGGAGGACUGACAUUUUCACUUAAUAGAUGCUACCUGUGGGACAGGAAAUGACACACACACACUGAUACACACUACCUGAGAAACGACUGCCUGCCAUACCCUACUGCCAUCUCAGGGCCUCCCAACACACACACACACACACACACACACA